CACUAUGGAGUGACAAGAGCUCGUUAUGUUCUCAGCAGCAGUAAAUGCUGGACGUAGUAAAUCUCGUUGAAACAGAACUUUAUUUGCACAUAUAAAUGCAUUAGUUCUGCGUGAGCGGAGUAUAACGGACAACAGAGAGCAUCGGUUAGUCUGCUGGUGAACAGACUGCUUUAAACCAGAAGUUUGACUUCUUUUGUCUGUGGACAUAUUACUGGUCGUGUGACUUGAAGCAUGCUGAAAGAAGCUCGGCAGAUGGGCCACACGGCUGGGCUUAGCGCACGUUUUAAAAGUAUAGGAGCAGAAUUGAGUCUAUUGAGGGAUGCCGACGAAGGCUCUGUGGAAACGUCUCCACAGAGCUGAACACGUCGAACAUCGCUCACGUUCAAAGAAGAGUUGUUGAUAAAUUGAUCGUAAGAAUUAUAGGCAAAUUGGGUUAUCUGCAUUAUCUCAACGUAUGCUGUGCAUAAGUUGAAGCAAACAUCUUAAGGAUCUGUGUAUUGAGGAACAAAUCUGUGCGGGACCGGACAGCGAUAAACGAGCAACACCUGGGUAGGGUCCAUCCAUGACAAUAACCCUCACUCUCUUGCUGGAUUUCUGUCACUAAAGCAAAGGAAUAAUACAGUUUGACAGCAGAGCUCAAGCUGUGUGAAUGCACACAAGUUCCAGUGUGGGUGGUGGUGUCUCAUCGCUUCAUUCCCUAUGGGCACCAUACUGUCCCUCUCUCCGGGUCCCCGGAAACCUGGCUACUAUGACAACCGAUCAGGCUCCCUCAGCCACUACCCCAGUUUGACCAGCCACUCCCUAAAUGCACAGAAGGAGCGUGGCUCUGCCGUCUUCCUGCCUGCGCUCACCUGGAAACGCUUGGUGGCAUCCACAAAGAAACGGGCCAGCUCCAGGAAGGGCAAUAACAACGGCCGAGGGUCAGCCGCAGCGCUGCUUAACAGCAACAAUGGUAUCUACCAGAAAGACCCUGUGCUGCACCUCAACCAAGAGAAUGUAAAGAAGUCCCUCUCUUGUGCGAACCUGUCCCACUAUGAUGGCCCGACGGGCCUGCGCAUGGGACUCCCCCUGGGCUACAGUAAAGCACACUCUAUUACAUCAGGGAGCAAGGCUGCCCACAGCACCUGCCCGCCUUCACCGAAGCGCAUUAUUGUUCAGGCUUCCACCAGUGAGCUGCUGCGUUGCUUGGGGGAGUUCCUGUGUGGCCGCUGCUACCGCCUCAAGCACCUCUCCCCCGCUGACCCGGUCCUGUGGCUUCACGCCGUCGACCGUUCACUCCUUCUCCAGGGUUGGCAGGACCAGGCCUUUGUCACGCCAGCCAACGUGGUCUUCGUCUACAUGCUGUGUCGUGACGUGGUGGACGGCGAGCGUGUGUCCUCCGAGCAUGAGCUGCAGGCCAUCCUCCUCACCUGCCUCUACCUGUCCUACUCCUACAUGGGCAACGAGAUCUCCUACCCGCUCAAGCCCUUCCUGGUGGAGGCGGCCAAGGAUGCAUUCUGGGACCGCUGCCUGGCCAUCGUCAACACCACGAGCUCGAAGAUGCUGCGCAUAAACGCCGAGCCACACUUCUUCACGCAGGUGUUCGCAGAGCUGAAAAGUGAAGGUGGCGGUGGCCUGCUGGAGCGGUGAGUGGGAUGACGGGAAGCCCUGCACCAUCACCUCUCCCCCAGAUCCCCUCCCUCCCUCCACAUGUUCUGUCCUGAAAAAUCAGCAUCCCUCUAUACCUCAGCAGGGUGAAGAUCUGUAAGGCCACUGUAAGACCAUUCCAUCACUAUUUGAUCCCAGUCCCUGAUAUAGUGAUAUUUGUUGAAUACUGGAUAACCAGUUUGGCUUUUGACCGUGUUUGAGUUUUAAAGCAGAGAGAAGGUGCCUUGGAAAUGGAGUGCGUUGAUGACUUUCACAAAUCCACCUGCAUUUCUACAGUAAUUCAAGAUUCAAUGCUGACUUCACACAGCAAAACAUGGGCAAAUGACCGAUAGGUCACUGGAUCUCUAAGUAGUUUGUGCUGAGCAGAAUGUGAGUCUUGUUACAGCUUGGCAUUGCCACUGAUGUCAUAGUCUUGUUUCCUAUUCAUGAAAAAUCUUAAUGAUAGUAUAGCAAAAACAUAAGAUUGGAGACAAAUGUCGCAUGUUUAGAAUGUCUGUUGGCUUACCUUUCCCACACAAAAUGAGACAAAAUUUACUUGCCUUCUGAGCCUAGUAAAACUGCCUAAAAGACACGAACAAGACACAACUUGCCCAUGUGCUGUUAAAGUAUAAAUUUGAAUGGCACACACCUGACAUUACUUGAAUGAUGGGUUGUCUUUAGGAUGCACUCCAUCUUAACAUAUGCCCUGUCGUAAGGGAUAUGCUAGAUUAGUUCAUUCAGUUAGUUAAUAUGAGCAGAAUAGAAGUGGACUCUGUUCUCCUGAAAAUAAAAAUGAAUCUUUUUUGAUGGACCAUUUCACAUCACAUGAGCCAUGGAACUUCCCAGGACAGUCCUCUGUUCCUAAGGUGGAACGGACCAGACUCAGAAGGGUUCCCCCACAGACGUGCUCUGCAAUAGAUAGGUAUUCACCUCUUGCCAUAACAGGAAAGAGAAUGUUACAUGUGAAAAUGGCUCAUGCCCAAACAGACAGGGAAGUGACACUGUGAGUGUGAGUAACUUUGCUCAGUUUGGCUAAGCUUCUGUAGCAUCUGCAAUUUGCUAAUUCGUUUUUGUCAGGAAAAAUGUUGACCCUUGAAUCAUCUCAGCAACAUGUGCGUGCGUGCGUGUGUGUGCAUUUGUUUGUUUGUUUGUUUGUUUUCAACAGGCUGUCCUGCUGGGAGGACGUGUGUGUCCAAGCAAAGUGUGUGUGAUUAGGUGAGUGGGUGCUGGGGUGAUGUGUGCAGGUGUUUUCAUGGAGAUGUAUUUCAUGGAAAUACAGAUCUUGUUCUCGCCUUCAGUCCAGAAACCCACGGGAUCAAAACAGACAGCUUUGAAUGUUUUUGAAUUUCUUUGGAAACAUUUUGACAUGUGUCAUUGUGUUCAUUUCAGUUUCCAGGACAUAUAAAUUAACCACAUAUCAUGUGAACAGAAAAUGAUGUAAAAAGAAUGGCUUGAAAAACACACUUAAAAUGACUGUGUCCUAUGCUGGCAGUCCUUUCUUGCACAGUAUUUUAAAAUGACACAUAAAAAGACAAUAACAUGAGAUUAUAAAUUCCCUAAACUGGAUUAUGGAUAGCUGAGUAAGUGUGGACCGUCAGGGUAGUAAACGUGUGGAAUUAAUCUGUUUGUGGCCAAGAGUUUUACCACAGUGCUGCUGGCCGAAUUCACGUCUCCCCUGAGCUUUUCAAAUACACAGCUGCUGCUAAUAUCACACUCAAACAGGCGUACACGCAUGCACACACACACCACCAUCUACUGCACAGUGUUUCACACUAUAACAUGUCAGCACACCUGCACAUGCAUGCAUCUUCUCCCACACACUCGCAAACGCAUCAAUACAGUGAUAAUCCUGUAAUCUUUUUUCCUGUAGCCACACCCACAGUAAUUAAAAACCACACCUCCAGCAUAGGUAACAAUCAUGUGUUAUGUUAGCUGCCAAGCAGUAGUUAUUUAAUUACAGUGCCUAAACGUGAGCAGCUGACUUGUGGACAGCUGCACUACAACCUGGGAUGUCAGAAUCAUGCAGUAUACACUGUGACUUGGCUUUGGCUGUCGUGCAGCCUCUUGUAAAGAGUUGUUGCUGAGUAUUAUUUCUUUGGAGGUAUUUGCUCAUGUGCCCACAGGAAAGUGAGAACAUAAGCAUAGCUUAUGUGAUGAUUCACACUUCUUUAUGUCUCGAGCCAGUUCCUGCAGACCUCGGCAUCUGAUCGUGGCUCUGAGAGUGUGUUUGGAGGU